CUGCUCCCUCGACACAUCUCUCCAACACGGAGAAUGUACGUUCUUCUGACUUGUUGUUGCUGUGACCCUUUUUGUGUUGCUUGGCUGUUUUUCAUUCCGGGGCCUCUUUUUGGGAGCUCUGUAGACGGCGCUUUAAGGCAAAGCACGUGUAAGCUGACUGGUAGCUUUUCUCCUGGUGUUUGCGACUGUACAGCUCAUGAAGUAUAUGAGCCUUGACCAACGAGGCCAUGUCCUGGCCGAGUAUGUCUGGAUUGAUGGAUCUGGUGGUGUCCGCUCGAAAACAAAGACACUUAAGGGAUCCGUGAAGUCAGUCGAGGAGCUUCCUGAAUGGAACUUCGAUGGCUCGUCAACAGGCCAAGCUCCUGGCGAAAACUCAGACGUCUACCUUCGCCCCGUCGCCAUGUACGCGGAUCCCUUCCGCCGUGGCGACAACAUCCUCGUCCUCUGCGAAACCUGGGACUCGGACGGAUCACCCAACAAGUUCAACUACCGCCACGAGGCCGCGAAACUCAUGCGCACCCACGCAAACGAACACUUUUGGUUCGGUCUAGAACAGGAAUACACCCUGCUUGGGCCCGAUGGGUGGCCAUAUGGCUGGCCCAAGGGUGGGUUCCCAGGUGCUCAGGGCCCAUACUACUGCGGUGUAGGAACUGGCAAGGUCCACUGCCGUGAUAUCGUCGAGGCUCACUACAAGGCUUGUUUAUAUGCUGGUAUCAACAUCUCCGGUGUCAACGCGGAGGUCAUGCCUGCUCAGUGGGAGUUCCAGGUUGGGCCCUGCGAGGGUAUUAACCUCGGUGACCAGCUCUGGAUGGCCCGAUUUCUCCUCUGCCGUGUCGCCGAAGAAUUCGGCGUCGUAAUCUCUUUCGCGCCCAAGCCUAUCCCUGGCGAAUGGAACGGUGCCGGCCUACACUCCAACGUCUCUACAGAGGCCAUGCGUGCUGAGGGUGGCUUGAAAGUCAUCGAGGCGGCUAUGAAGAAACUCGAAGCCCGCCACUCAGAACACAUUGCCGUAUACGGCGAGGGCAACGAAGACCGUCUUACCGGCCGCCUCGAGACCGGUAGCAUCGACACCUUCACCUAUGGAGUUGCUGACCGUGGUGGAAGCGUUCGCAUCCCCCGCCAGGUCGCCAAGGACGGCAAAGGCUACUUCGAAGACCGAAGACCGGCGUCCAAUGCGGACCCGUAUCAGAUUACGGGUAUUAUUGUUGAAACUCUUUGCGGCGCUUCUUAAGACUUUCAAAGAAGUUGCCAAAGGUGAAAUCGAUGCGUUUAUGUUUGGAUCACCUUUUUUUCCACCACCUUUCUUUUUAAUACCCCUCAGGCGUUGAAGUGCUGGGUGGGUGGUGUCGAUUGAAAAAAAAAUAUUUAAAAAAAAAUUUAAAAAAUCACCAGUGACGCCUUGGAUGAUUUUCAAGAUAGGGAACGUUAGGAUUGAGAUCUUCUCCUUCCCCUUCUUCCCGUUCAGCUAUGCCCCUAAAAACUAAACAAAGUAAACCUGGAUCAUUUCGCGUUUUGCCAAGUCAGUUUUCUAUCUCUGGGUGAAGCUAGUUUGUAUAUGACAGAACAAGAGAGAGCCGUCACUGUCCUUUUUUUUAAACCAUCAUCGUCUACCAUUCCACCUUUGCCAUUUUCAUUGAUAUGUAAAAUGGGCACAGGUCUCGUUUUCUGUUGUGUUUUGGGUCUUUGAUCUUUGUUGGCUUCGUUUUCGGGGUUCUCUUUUGUCUGCCCUGGUUUUUUUUUCCUUGACCAAUAUACAUAGAAUUCAGUGGUUCCAGGAGUCAAGUCGGUCGUUAUUUUUUCCUCUUACCGCCGCUUCCCCAUUCCUCUCCCCCUCCCCCCACCGAAAUCAUUCUAAUGCUAAUAAAUGUCGUGGGUCGUGGGGGUUCCAAUUUAAAUUUCCAAACUGCUUUUUUAUUCCAUCUCUUUUUUUGGAAGGGGUUUUCUUCUGGGGCUUAUUCGUGGCUAGCUUCGCCGUUUGUCAAAUAGUGUUGUCGUUUCUUGCUUCUUUUUCGUUUAUAUACACAUCUAUAGAACGAGGUAAUGAAUGGAUGAGGCUCGGGCUUCCCC